UCCUGAUGUUUCAGUAACAUUUGAAUCAUCAUUUUAUGCUUGAAAUGAUACCUUGAAGUACUUGUGUAGAAAUUUCGAAGAAAAUCUUCGCUUCAUCCACACGAGAAACCUUUUACGGGUGGGGCUCACCACAUGAUUAUAUUGUCAUACAAAUGGUGGACAUCUCGUUUUGAAAAGAAUUUUUUUUAGAGUAUACUGAAAUGGCUAUAGAGGUUGCCCGCAUGAGACCUGAAGUGUGUUGAUCAUUGUGUGGAGCUGUACUUGAUGGGCGUAUUGUGGUCAUGUAAAAUGGCUGUUACAGGAUGUCAGUGAGACAUGAAUGAAAAUGUAAUCUCACCAAUUUAUUGAUUUAUUUACUUCAAGUGCUCACACCUUUUUGCACUUGUCCACAGCAAAAUGGAGUGGGUGGAAAUUAUUGAACCUCGCACGAAAGAGCAUAUGUAUGCAAACCUUACCACUGGCGAAUGUGUGUGGGACCCUCCUCCAGGAGUUCCUGUGAAAAAGACAGAUAACAACCAGUGGUGGGAGUUAUUUGAUCAAAAUACCUCAAGGUUUUACUAUUAUAAUGCAACAUCUCAAAAGACAGUAUGGCACAGACCUCAGAACUGUGACAUUAUACCCUUAGCAAAGUUGCAGACUUUGAAGCAGAAUACUGAACCCGUGGUGGAUGACUCUGGUGACAAAGAAUCUACAGGGACUCAAACUCCUGGCCACACACGGCGAGAUGAAAAAGGCUCUGGCUCGGAACCUAAACGAAAUGAAGCCAUACGCCUUAGUACUCGAAGUAUGCAAUCGGUUAAAAACUCAGUGAAUAGUGAAACACAAACUUCACCACUUGCUUCUCCUCACAUGAAUAGAAGACCACACCAUCACCAUCAUCACAGGCACCAUGGCCAUUCCCAGGUAUCACAUGGGGAGCGAGAAAAGUCCGAAAAAGCAAGCAAAGAUCGUGUUCCUGACAGAGAUCUCAUCUCUGAUGGACGCAACCCGAUUGCUGAUUGGGAAAGGGACAGGGGUAUGGACAGAGACCGGGAGAAAGAGCGGCGGUUGGAGAAGGAGCGUCGGGCUGAGAGGGAGAGGAGGGAAAAAGUACAAGAAUGGGACCAUCGGAAUGAAAAAGAGAGGAGGUCUGACCGGGAGAAAAAUGAGAGAGAAAAUCGUGAGAGGGACAGGGCUCCCGCAACUGCAGCCAGCUCAAGCCAGCAAGCGUGGCCCAGCAGGACAACUCAGUCUCAGGAUUCUGGAAGAUCUAGUGAUUCUAGCUCUGUUUCCCAUAGCCGUACCUCUUUAGAAUCAAGUGGUUAUCGAGUAAAUGAAUCUCCACAUCAUCAAAGUAGUAGAAGUGACCGCUCGGAUAGAGGCCAACGUAUUGAGGGUAGUGAAAGGCAAGACCGAGCUGAAAGAUCUGAUAGACAAGAAAAACAUGAGCGAUCUGAAAGACCAGAAAAGGAGAGACCUGAUCGCCAUGGCCUGAGACCAAUAGCUGCCUCAACAAGUACACCACUGUUCAAGAAGAAACCUCUUGGAGAGGUCAAUGCUCAGCAACAGUAUCAGAAGGCCAGUCUUGACAAAUAUGGGCUCCUUUCAUCUGGAUCAGCUCAGAGAGAGCAACCUCAGGCACAAAAUUUACCCAAGCAGCGCAGCUUUGAUGUUGAAUGCAUUACCACAGGUGGAGGAGCCUUUAGCUAUGAUGGCAGACAUAAGGUACCAACGCCUAGCCAGUUGGCUCGUAGUUACAGUUUCAUGCAACGGAGGGAGAGAGAACGGGAAAGAGAUGGAGACAGAGAUGAAGAUGAUUCAAUGCAUGAAAAGUAUUUCAUGAAUCCAGUGGCCAUUAGAUCUGUUGAGUCCACACCCCAGUCUAGGAGGAAAUAUCAUCACAGCAACUCAGAGCACCCAGCCCUCCCAACUCCCAACAUGUCCCGCAAGUCCUUUGCAUUGCGCUCCCACAACUCGCCAGCCCCUCACUCCGCACACAGUUCGUCCUCCAACUCCCGCAUUCGUCGUAGUCCAGCCACCGGGGGCAGCUUUCGGAACAAGGACGCUGGAGACAUUUCCAGUAGUGAUGAUGAGUCGAGUGCGUCACUGUCUCUCUCAUCCUCUCCCCCUGCUACGUCACCAAUGUCACCACGGACAAGUCUGAAGACGUCAUCUCUCACUAAAACAUCUUAUCCUCCAGAGAAAGAACUUCCUGCUAACCGAAAAGCCGUUGAAGAUUUUAAAAAUUCAAAAGACUUCCAUGAUGCAAGAGACUGGAAGCUUCGUGGUCGAGAGUCUAGAGAGUCCCGAGAUUCCAAGGAAUCAAGGGAGACUAGAGAGGCCAAAGAACUGAAAGAGAUGAAGAGAAUGAAGGAUGUUCACUGCACUAAGACAAGCUGGGAAGAAAGAGACAGCUUGACUGGGAAAGAACUUUCGAGGAAUAGGAGUUUUGGUAGCUAUGGUAAAGAAAAAGUUGCACAGGAAAUUGAAGGAAGGCCGAUGAAAGAUGUAUGGGAGUUGAGAUCAUCUGUUAAAGACUCAAACACUGCUUCUCAAAGUAUGGACUCUUAUCAUAACCGAGAUAGCAGAGGAAGAAAGUAUGUUGAGAAGGAAACAAGACCUAAGGAGUCAAAGGAUGCACGGGUGCAGGAGUCAAAGGAUCCAAGGAUACAGGAAGUCAAAGAAGUGCGAGACAUCCGACAAUCAUUGAAAGAGUCCAAGGAUGCCAGAGACUCAAAGGAAGGACGAGAUUUCCGUCAACAAAUGAAAGAGAUUAAGGACUCGAAAGACUACUUCAGGGAUACUAGAGAUUCAAGAGAUUCUAGAGAAUCAAGAGAAUCCAGGGACUUACGAAACUCAAGGGAUUCAAGAGAAUCGAAGGACUUGAGGGAUGCCAAGAACUCUGGAGGAAGAGAGCACAAAGAUGCCAAGAGCAGAAGUGACUGCCAGGUUUGGGAAAGCUAUGAAAAGUCUGGAUACGAUGGUCGAGGUACACAGGAUUCACGUGGAAGCAGGGACUCAGAGACGAAGCAAAGGUCUUGGGAUCGUUCUGGACCUCAGUGUCACAAUGAAACCAGGGGCUCCCGGGAAUCCAGGACUAGUGGUACUGCUUCUGACAGGUCAUCCAACACGAACAAUGGAAAUCAUAACAAAUACAUGUCAGAAUCUGACGUGGAUAAUAACUCACCUCUAUAUUCAAAUGUUGAUUACCCACCUUACAUAAUGGAUGCUGAGAAGCACUCUCAUUUGCUUCCCCUUCAACAAUAUAUUUUAGAACAAGCAAAACUAUCUGGUUGCUAUCGAUUUGGUGAUCCAUUGAAUGAAGAAGUGGAUUCGUUGCACUCUGAUGAUGAAGACCGUCUUUCUCGGUCUCGCCCUGAAGACGAUAGUGAUGAAUUUGCUGAUGAUGAAGGAAUGAGCAACCAAGGUGACUCCAGUUCUCAAGAGUACUUGGAUGACAGCAAUUAUCUGGAAGAAGAGGAAGAUGAUGAUGACGAUGACGGUGAAGAUAACAGCUAUGUGUCUCAUCGCAAAUACUUACCUUCUGAUCCUCAAAUGCCUGAUUAUGUUGAUGGCCUUGAGGCUCGUAUGGCUUCUGGUAGUUCUGGCCUUUACUACAACACUGGUCUUGUAGCUCAUGGCAGUUUGCAGGCUAAUCAGAGACCAGGUGCUCUUAACUUACCACAAAAUACUCCUCAAGAAACUGUGCAUGCAUCUCUGAAACGCAAGAAGGAUGCUCCACUGCCUCCACCUCCUGCUUUGUACUCACCCAUCAUGGAACGCCAUGAGAUGUCAAGAUCUGCACUUAACCGAGAAAAGAAGCAGGCUUCUGACAGUGAUAUAGAAAAGUAUGCCCAGGAUAACUUGAACAUUCACAAAAAAGGCAUUUUCCGUAAGAAGUUCUCUGUGAGGGAUAUGCUUUCUUGGUCUAAGGAUCCCAUAAGGAAAACUAUGCUUGUUCUUUCUGACAAGGCUCUGAAGAAAGAUGCUUGUGAAUUGUUUAAACUGAUUCAAAUAUACAUGAGUGACCGCAAAGCCAAAGUUGGAAUGACACUCAACAGUGUUGCAUUAGAUAUAUGCAAUAUUGGGUAUGGUAAACCAGCACUGCGAGAUGAACUGUACAUUCAAAUUUGCCGUCAAACAACUGAGAAUCCUAGGAGGGAAAGUCUACGACGUGGCUGGGAGCUAAUGGCUAUAUGUCUUGCCUUUUUCCCUCCAUCUCCCAAAUUUCAAUCUUAUCUUGAUGGCUAUAUGAAUCGCCACCGUGAUCCUAGUUUUGAUUUUCCGGAAGUUGGCAAAUGGCCAAUCCAUGUGCAAAUAAGCCACUAUGCAACUGUAGCCUGCAAACGACUGGAUCGAAUAGGUGUGAGUGGAAAGAGAAGCCCACGAAAACCUUCUGUAGAAGAAAUCGAUCAAGUUAGGCUUCAAAUCUUCCGCCCAAGCAUGUUUGGCAACACCCUACAGGAGGUCAUGCAAGUUCAGAGAGAACGUUUCCCACACAGAAAGCUUCCUUGGGUGCAAACAGCACUCUCUGAAGAGGUCCUUCGGCUUGAGGGGGCUCACACUGAAGGCAUAUUCAGGGUGUCAGCUGAUGUUGAUGAAGUCACUGCACUCAAGUCUCGUCUGGAUCUUUGGGAGUUACCCCAAGAUGCAUCUACAGAUGCUCAUGCUCCUGCAUCUCUUCUCAAACUUUGGUACAGAGAAUUGUAUGAACCUCUCAUACCAGAUGCAUUAUACAACGAGUGUGUUAAUUUCCAUGACCAACCUGAAAAGGCUAUAGCCAUAGUUCAACGUCUUCCUGAGCUUAAUCGCCUUGUGCUGUCCUAUCUCAUACGAUUUCUUCAGAUAUUUGCCAGACCAGAGGUUGUUCAAGUUACAAAGAUGGAUGCCAGCAAUCUAGCCAUGGUGAUGGCACCUAACUGCUUGCGUUGCACAUCGGAAGACCCUCGUGUAAUUUUUGAUAAUGCCCGUAAAGAAAUGGCAUUUUUGCGAACUCUCAUUCAAAGCUUGGACACUAGCUAUAUGGAAGGAGUUGUGUAGAUGGUUGUGAAUACCAACUGCUGAUAAAGACUGACAAGAACCGCACAAGUAUCCAGCAGAGAAAUUUUGUCCAAUGUAAUAAUCGGCUCAAAAAAGAAACAACAGUUUGUCUAUUUUGUUUUCAUUCUUUACAUUUCACUUCUGUUAUGUAUUAUUAAAAAGUAGGUAAAGGUAUCUUACUUCUAUUGCUUGAGGUGGACUUAUUUAGCUUGGCAGCUACUACACAAGUCAGUUCUACUACUUAUUAAUGCUGUUGCAACUUGACUGGAGAUUCAGUUUUGUGCUAUCUUUUUUUCUUUUUGCAUUAGAAGCAACUAUUUUAUAUUCCUUUCUACUGUAUUAAGUUUAAUUUUUCUACUUAACCAAAAGUUAUUGCUUUAUUAGCCAAUUUCUGAUUUGCAGCUAAUGAAUCCUUUCCAUUGUUAAUUCCUCUCAAUUUGGAGAUUGUGUUGUUAAUGUAUCAACUCAUAACAUUAUGUGUUUGGGCAUGUCACGUUUCCUCAUUUUUUCAUUCCCAUUUUUUACUUCUGUUUUUCUGUAAUGAAUAAUAAAAAAAAUAACAAAUAGGAGGGUGAAUCUAAACGUGUGUACCAUGUAAUGAUUAGACUGACAAAAGCUUAUUUUAGAACCGCUUCUUGAACUUUUCUCGUCAAAGUCACAAAUAUGAUUUUUAAGUGAAGGAUUGGAGUUUUGAGCAUCUCAUAGCCCCAGCUAGUCCAGUUGGUUUCUUCCGUCAUUCAGCUCUAUUUUUACUGGAUUUGUUUUAUAGGUUGUUCUUAUUUGAUUCUAUUCAGAGUAUUAUACAAUUGCAUAAAAUUGUGUAAACUGUGGUAUUACAAUGUUACUUGCUUUGUGAACUAACAUAAUUUAGUUCUAAAGUUUUUGUGGUUGAUUCUCUAAGACAAGAAUGUAGACUUUUUGUUGUUUAUCAGAACUUAAUUAAUUUUAAGUAAAUGAUGUAAUAUGUAACAUCUACUUAACUGAUACUAACUGUAUUUUCUUUUAUUAACUCUCAUUAGUUGACUCGUUUGUAUUAAGUUCAAGUCAUGUCACAAGUAUUUGAAGUAUUGAUCAAUUUCUUGUUUAGCAUGUGACCAAACAGAACAAACUAUCCUCUUAACAAACAUUUUACUUUCUUUGAAUCUCUAGAUGAGAAAGUGAUGAUUAGUAUUUUGUUUCUUAAAAGACCCAAUUUUUUUUCCUUUCAGUAUCAUCAUUCUUGUAGAAAGAAUUUUUCUGAACCUCGCAUCUUAACUUGUUUGUGUUGGCCAAUCAAUCAUUGUGUUGUUGGUGAGGGUCUCAGAAAGAAAGAGAGGCAUCCGCCUUAUUACAGUAUGAGAGCAUUAGGUGUUUUGCAUAAUAAUUGUAGGAGAAGAUUAACUGAGAGGUUUUAAACCAAAGAUAUUUUCAUGCAUUUUAUCAGUUUGAUAAACGAUGGGGUCAAAGUACAGAGAUGUUUUUUUCCCCUUUUGGUUCCUCACAAAACAAACUUAGGAUUUUCAUUUUCAUUGGAAAUUUAAUUGUUUAGCCUGUUUAAUUGUGUUACAAAUGAAGCAGGAAAUUUUAAUUUGUUUGCCUUGUGAGGAAGACCGUUUGCCAUCCUGUAGCUUGCAUUUAUUUGUUCUCUUGCUGCAGUGGUCAGACUAACAUUGUCUAACCUGUUUCAUUUUGUUGAGACAAACUUUUCCUUGCGUGUAUUGCACACACUUUUGCAUUGUGCUAUUUUUUUGCAUUCUCGUUGGUGAUAAGUUGGCUCUUGGCUUACUUUGAAAGUUGUAAGAUUUUAAGAAAGAGACUGUUCUGCUGAUGGGCUUUUUAGUAUUCUUUUUUAUGUGAGUCAGUUGGCCUAGAGUUUUUCGUGCUAAGCAGUAGGUUAAUUCCAAAGCAGCUUACAAGAAUGUAUUUGUUAGCAAUAACUAUGUAAUCAGUUAUAUUUUGUACACUAUAUAUUUUAGUUUUAGGAGUUGCGUGUAUCAGAACGCAAUUGGUACAGCACAUUAUGUAUAUCUGGUUUUUGUAAACCGUAUUUUAAUAACUGUACAGUUAUUUUUAUUGUUACUAAUCUGCUGAAAGUAUGCUAAUCCAAAUGUGUUCUUUGAGCUAGUUGUGUUGUUGGGAAGAAAAGUUCUUAAGUUGAAUGGUAGUCAUAAUUUUUAAGAUUCUGUAUCUAGUUUUGAGCCCUUGCAUACUCUCUUUGACACUGUACUAUUUGUACAAUGUUGUCCGAGAUAGUAGGUUGCGGUUUAUUUUACGCUCCCUUCCUACAUAGUGCUAAACUAAAGCUGGUGCGGAUAAAAUUUUUAGUUGCACAGAGAUGUAUCAGCUGAUUUAAUGAAAGCUCAAACGCUUAUGCGUGGAAGGGUCUAGUUGAAUUUUGAUAGUUCCACUCCAAAAUAAUAAUACCUUAUAGAAAAAAUGCUUAUUUUUAAAAAGUUUAUUAGAAGCUCAUAUCAGAGCUUUCGAGGAUGUGCCCGAUGGUAUGCUACCUAUUGAAGAAGGUCAACAAUCUGUUUUUGUUAAGUUGUAACAUGGUUUUAAAUGCCUUUCGGCGUUGUAGUGGUCUACAUGCCAAUUUUCAACGACUGUUUUUUUAUGCAAAGGCACCUUUACUUGAAUGUUGCCUGGAGGUGAGCAGGGAAUGUGUUCAUUGUAUAGGUUUACAAAUCUCAUUUUGAAGCAACUGUUUUAUUGUUAACACAUAUUCUCAUGAAUGAGCUGACAAUAUUGCACGUGUUUGUGUUUAUAAUGAGUUGGUCGAAAAUCUGUAGCUUCCUCCUGCUUUUAGGCUCUUAUUUUUACUCUUCACAUUUUGACAAGCCGUUAUAAUUCUCUGAUGUUUCUGAGUAGACCGUCAUCAAUUUCUGCUGUAGUCUUUAAAGUUCCACUAGGGAGACAAUGUAGACUCAUCAGGGUAAUGACUAUUGAAUUUUUCAAAGUCAUUUUAUGUAUGAUUGUUUGAUAUUUUAUUAAGGUAAUUUCUAUUCAACAGUCGAUCUUUUCUUCCAGUGACUGCCAAAAUCUGGUUACUCUUAGGGAGUUUUUACGGCUUUCAUCUUGCCCUGUCAUCUCGUUUUAAUUUUGGAAAAAGUUAAUUUUAAAUUUAAGCAAACAUGAAAAAUAAUGAAUCAAAUUAGUUCUUUUUUUUUCUGAAUAAGCUCUCUUUCAUAAGUAUGAACAAAGUUGUAGUGGUUAGAACACAAACGUUGAGUUUGUCUUUCCUCUUCAAAUCAAAAGAAGUUUGUAAAAUGAAUUAAAGAGGUGUUCAAAUUGCCCUCUAGUCCUAGUCUAGUCAUGUCUAUAGAAGGCAGUACAACAUUUCAUUGAAGGAAUUACCCUGUCUGCAUUCUACAUUGUGCUACCCACUCAUUAGUCAAGUCACUGCAGUUUCCAUUCAAUCCUUUCCAGCAUUACUUCUCUCUUCGUUUUUUUUAUUUUGAAAAAAAAAAUCUAUGUUUUAAUAAUUUUUUUUAUUUUGUUGUUUGUAAAAGUUACCACCUUCAUUGCUGAUUGUGAUGUAUACGUGGCAGCGUUUUUUUUUAUUUGCAUGAGGAGUAUAAUAAAUUAAAAUUCGUGAUA